CCCGUCGCUCCACCGGGUUCUAAAGUAUGGUGGUACAUGGUCCUGUUUGGCCGUCAUGUCUGCUGACAUGUCUGCACCGUCCGUGAAGAAGAAGAAACCCACCAGCCGGAGCAUCAAACCCAGCGUCAGGAUGUGUGUUCUGGACCAGAGGGACGUCAUGACCAUGGCGUGUCCAGAGCUGUGCUGGCCCGUGCCCAUGCGAGCCAUCGGGGCCCAGAACCUGCUGACCAUGCCUGGGGGCGUGUCUACGGCCGGGUACCUGCACAAGAAGGGAGGGAGUCAGUUCAGCCUACUCCGAUGGCCGCUCCGCUACAUCAUCAUCCAUAAAGGCUGUGUGUACUACUUUAAGAGCAGUACCUCACCCACACCACAGGGGGCCUUCUCUCUCAACGGCUACAACAGAGUGAUGAGAGCGGCAGAGGAGACCACGUCCAGUAACGUCUUUCCUUUUAAGAUCGUCCACUUCAGUAAAAAACAUCGGACGUGGUUUUUCUCUGCAGCCAGUGAAGACGAACGAAGGAAAUGGAUGAGAUACCUGCGGAGGGAGAUCGACCACUACAACGACAGGAAAGAGGCUCAGAUUCCAAGCGACUCGGACUCAGAUGCAGACAGUUUCUACGGCACCAUUGAGAGGCCCAUGGACAUCAGACCCACCGUGGACAACACCGAGGCCGACUACGGCGAGGACGACGAUGAGGAGGAUGAGGAGGACUAUCUGAAACCAGACAGCGACUGUUCACCCACACACUCAGGUCGACCCGUGGGGCCGCCUCCCUCUUACCCCCCCCCUCCGGUCCCGGCAGCGGUCCAGUUCCGUCAGGACUCCACGGCAGGUUUCCGCAAAGAUCCGCCCCCCCCAGUUCCACCGCUCAGCAGGAUCCCAACCAGCCCCCUCCCUAAAAAACCCCCACCCAUCCCGCCUCCCUCCACCAAAGGCCCGCCUCCUCCCCUUCCAUCCGCCCCUCACCUGCCGAAGCCCUCCCCCUCCAGCCUCCCCCUUCUGCCUCCCCAGGCUGCAAAGAGGACUCCCCAGACCUGGGCCGUUUCAGUGGGCGGGGACGGCAGGGACCGCCCCCCUGCGAUGUCGGUCCAGUACCCCAACACUCUGCCCAUCUGUGAAGAACUGGACAGCAGGUUGAGUCUGAACGGCCCCGCCCACUGCUCGCUUAACGUUGGGGGGAGCCAGUCGCUAGGCAACCAGCACCGCAGCAAACCCAGCCCCUUCCCGCCCCCCGGCCACGCCCCCCUGUCUCCGCACCUUACACCCGGACUGCACGUUAAACCAGCGAUCCCCAAACCGCCUCCUCCGUCCUGCAAACCCCCUCUGCCCGCCGCCAAGGCCAAGCCCACGCCCACAGGAAGUCAACUGCAAAGAGCGUCUCCGGACGGACAGAGUUUCCGUUCAUCUGGAGAUGAGGUUCCGCCGGAGUUCAGGAGGAAAUGGGACUCUGCCAAACACGACGACGAGUCCGACGACGACGACUACGAGAACGUGCAGCUUCCAGACUCAGUGUUCAUCGACACCACUGAAACCAGUUUUGUAGAAAAGUUGUUCAGAGAAAGUGGAGUUUCUCCAGAGGACGGACUGUACGGCAUCAGGAACUCAGGAACCAAAACCUCCAAGGUGUUGGUGGUGUGGGACGUCAGUAUAAGUAAAGCCAGAAACUACCGACUGUUCGAGGAGAACGACUGCAUCUUCCUGGACUCAGAGGUGACCUUCCCAGACCUGGCCUCUCUGAUCGAACACUACCACGGCCGUCCGCUGCCUCACCACGGCUCGCUGUGUCUGCAGAAGCCGUACAUGAAGACGCUACGGUGACCAUCACCAUGGAGACCGUCGCCACGGACACUGUCACCUCCUGCUUCUUCACUGGAAAAAUGAAACAGAUAAACUGAACGUCAGAGGAGGAGUUCUGAAUGAGUCUGAUAUGGACCAGUUUAAGCCUCAGAACCCUGAAGACCGAUCUGGACGGCACCGAUUUACUUUCUUGGACUGAAUUUGCUUAAAAACAACAACAACAAAAAAAUGCAAAUAAACAAAUCAACAUGGAUCCACUGAGGUCUGAAGUGAACUGUACUGGAUCCACAACAGACUGGGCUUAAAGGGCUCAGAUUUAUGUAAACCCAGUUAUGACCUCUGCCAAGGAGGACAUGUGUUCACCAGGGUCUGUCUGUCUGUCUGUCUGUCUGUCUGUAUGUGUCCGUCUGUCUGUGUCUGUAUGUGUCUGUCUGUCUGUAUGUGUCUGUCUGU